UAGUUUGCUUCUACUGGCAGAGCAAGCCUUCCAACGUGCUCCAUGCAAUUACUUUGAAGAUGGUUCAAGUGUUAUUCCUCGAAUAAGAUGGUGCUGUGGAAAGUAUUUGUUAAAACUGCGAUAAUCGUCGGCAUUACGAGCCAAGUAAUUGCUGUCAAUUAUACAAAAGAGUCCUCCGAGUUUACCGAAAACGAUCUCUUAAAUGACGCUCGCAGCUCAAGCGAUGGCGUUAAAAGGACUAAAAGUGCUGGAAGAAGACGUUCGUUUAAAGGCGGUUGCACCAAACAACCGGAUGCACCUGUGAACGGUAACAUUCGAUGUUCGAUGGAUAGCGCAUGUAUCGCAACCUGCAAUCAGAAUUAUAAAUUUCCAAACGAUGUUACGCAGUUGGCUGUAACUUGUAACGAUAAACAAUGGCACAUCUUUGGUACAGAAUGGAUUUCUGUACUACCUCACUGUGAACCAAUUUGUAUGCCCGAGUGUUUGAACAAUGGAGUAUGCGUCGCCCCUCAUCAGUGUAAUUGCCCCGAAGAUUUUAUCGGGCCGCAAUGCCAAUAUCAGAAUAAACCAUGCAUGGAGUAUCCAUCUACCGUACUUAAUUCUCACAAGCAUUGUAAUUCGAAAACGUGCAGCAUAUCUUGUAUGAAAAAUUUCACGUUUCCCGACGGCACUUCCAUCACCAAUCUACUUUGUAAGAAUGGAGACUGGAUACCUAGUAGACAAGAUUGGGUCUCUGUGCCCGACUGCGAACCUGUGUGUAAUCCUCCUUGUCAAAACGGGGGGAACUGUUUGCCGUCGAACCUUUGUCAGUGUCCGCAAGCGUAUCGAGGACUGCAAUGUCAGUACCCUGCCGAUACUUGCAAUGGAGAAAAAAUGGGCUUCAACGGUGGUUUUUUCUGCACCAGCGAGGGUAACAGUUAUUCCUGCAGUCUCAACUGUCCGGAUGGUGUAGAAUUCGAGUUUUCUCCUGCAACCGAAUACAAAUGUGCCUAUGAGACCGGCGUUUUCGAGCCUCAACCGAUACCCCGAUGCAAAUACAGUGAGAACGCCAAUGUAAUUUCUUUGGGCACUACGUACAAUUCCUACGUAAGGGGAACGAACCAUACAUGGACGUAUCAGGAUAUCGUAGGUUCCAAUAACAACCGAGCUCCCAUGAUUACGACCAGCAACAAUCUUUACCAUAAUACUACCUCGAACUUGAUGCAAUUCGUUUCUCUGGAUGACAACAUGUUAUUCAUCGAAGAGAAGCGACCAAUUCCAGAAACUUGCUUCACCUGGGGAGGAGUACACUACAAAACUUUCGACGACAGAAUUUUCAGCUUCGACAGCGACUGCUCUCAUAUUCUGAUUCAAGAAGCACAGAACAGAGUUUUCACUGUAACAACAGAGAACAGUCCGACUUGCAGGACGGAAGAUUGUUUCAGAAUCAUAAAGAUCUAUGUUCAGGACAGGGAGUACAUUCUUACGAAGAAUGUAUUCGGUACCCCAGAAUUUCGAAUCCUAAAUAAACUGCUACCUAUUCCGGUACAGCUGCCUGUUUUAAGGGUCGAAUUUUCGGCACAUUUUAUCGUGGUGACUUUGGACUCGCUGGGAAUUCGAAUCAAAUGGGAUGGAGCACUGAUGCUGGAAAUCGAAGCUUUGGAGAACAUGUGGAACAAAACUAUUGGCCUCUGCGGCAAUAUGAACGGCGAUCAAACCGACGAUCUGAUACGCAGAAACGGCGAUCGUGCGCGAAGCAUCGCAGCGUUCGCUUCUUCUUGGAGAAUAGAAAAUAUUGGAGAGAUCUGCGACGAAUAUCCGGAUACCCGACACGCUUGCGAAUCGAAUCCAUUUGCUGCCAGCGAAGCCAUGAGCUUUUGCAGUAGUUUGCUAUCCGAUCGCAGAUUCCUGGCGUGCGCGCAUACCAUUAGCAUAGACGAGUUGCGGACCGCGUGCUUAUGGGAUUAUUGCGGUUGCAAGAAUAACGACCGGAGGAAUUGCGCUUGCGAUACAAUGAACGUCUAUGUUAGACAAUGCGCGCACAAGAAAGUAAUAUCUUUGUCGGGUUGGAGGAACAACGAUACCUGUCCCAUGCGUUGCACCAAUGGACGAGUAUACAUGGCUUGUGGUUCGAAAACGGAGUCGUCGUGCUGGACCGCGAUAGGAAAAAUGCUGACAAACGUGGACGACUGCGAGGAGGGAUGUUUUUGUCCGCAAGGGACCGUGGCGCACGAAGGAAAAUGCAUAAGUACCGAAGAAUGUCCGUGCCGAUUACGCGGCAAGCUGUUCCAACCAGGCAAGAGCGUACGGAAAGACUGUAACACGUGUACGUGUUUCUCCGGGAAAUGGAUAUGCACUCAGACUAGAUGCAGUGCCAGAUGCGCCGUCAUUGGGGAUCCCCAUUACACAACAUUCGACGGAAAACAUUACGAUUUCAUGGGAAAAUGUAAAUAUUAUCUAAUGAAGGCCGAGGAUUAUUCCAUAGAAGGCGAGAAUGUACCUUGUUCCGGUGCGAUAACAGAGAGUAUGGGGCUUGUUCCAAGCGAUGCGCCAUCCUGUACGAAAACCGUGACGAUCCAUUACAAAGAAACGACCGUAGCAUUGAGGCAACAUCGCGCGGUAUCGGUAAACGGAGAUGAUUUAGCUGUACUUCCCACUGUUCUCGAUGGUAUAAGAAUACGCGUUGCCAGCAGUAUAUUUCUCGUAAUCGGUUUACCAAAUGGUUUAGAGAUAUGGUGGGAUGGAAUUUCUCGCGUAUACAUUAACGCUCCACCCGAAUUUCAUGGCAAAACCAGAGGACUUUGCGGCACGUUCUCGGAAAACGAAAAAGAUGACUUCCUUACACCGGAGGGCGACACGGAACAGUCGUCGGUAUGUUUCGCUAAUAAAUGGAAGACGGACGAGCUGUGCUCCGAUGUCCCAGAAAAGGAAUCGGAUCAUCCUUGCGACUUGAACCCGCAGAAACGAGCAAUAGCGAAACAAUACUGUUCCCACCUAUACAGCGAUAUAUUUGCAGAUUGCCAUUGGCACGUGGAUCCGGAAACAUUUUACAAGGACUGCAUGUUCGAUAUGUGUUCUUGCAAAGUGAAUCUCGAGUUGUGCCUUUGUCCCGUAUUGGCGGCGUACGCGAAAGACUGCGCUUCCCAGGGAGUGAAUCUCUUGUGGCGCCUGCACGUCGAAGAAUGUAGAAUUCAUUGUCCUGGAAAUCAGGUGUAUCAGAUUUGCGGGAACAGUUGUACCAGAUCCUGCGCAGACAUAUCUUCUUAUCCAGAUUGCAAACAACAGUGCGUAGAAGGAUGCAAUUGCCCGGAAGGUGAAACGUUGGACGUCCAUGGAGAAUGUAUUCCGAUCGGACAAUGUCCUUGCUUUCACGCAGGAUUCGAGUUUCAAACGGGACACAAAGAAGUCAGGCCCGGGAACAAAGCACCCGAACUUUGCACCUGUGCAGCUGGCGUUUGGAACUGUCGACAAGCUACGUCCGAUGAAAUAAUAGAGUACCCGGCGAUCAAAGACCUUUUAACUUCUUGCGUAGCGAGCAAACAUCUCCAAGUUACAGACUGCGCACCGAUAGAGCCUCGAACUUGUCGCAACAUGCAGAAAAAUCAUGUUCGAAAACCAACCAUUUGCAAAUCUGGCUGUAUUUGCGAACCCGGCUAUGUUCUGAACGUAUUGGGCGGCGAUUGCGUCAAGGAAGAAUCUUGUCCUUGUCAUCAUGGAGGUGAAAGUUACGACGAUGGGUCUGUCAUUCAAAACGAAUGCAACACUUGCAAGUGCUUGAACGGGACAUGGGAUUGUACGGAUAGGUCGUGUGCCGGGAUUUGUUCCGGUUGGGGUGACUCUCAUUACAGGACGUUCGAUGGGAAGAUCUAUGAUUUUCAAGGAACUUGCGACUACGUUUUGGCGAAGGGCGCGUUGAACACCGAAGAUUCCUUCGACGUAUCGAUUCAGAAUGUACCUUGCGGAACAACGGGUGUAGCCUGCUCAAAGUCGAUUACUCUGUCGAUUGGAAAUGACGAAAAUUCAGAAGUUAUCGUUCUAACACGAGGAAAAGAAUUACCUACGGGAAAGUUUAACAGGCUGGUAAUAAGAUCGGCUGGAUUGUUCGUAUUUGUCGAUGCACCGGACCUGGGAUUAACCGUUCAGUGGGAUAAAGGUACCAGAGUAUAUUUAAGAUUAGAUCCUAGAUGGAAAAGUCGUACAAAAGGGCUGUGCGGCGAUUACAACGACAACAGUCAGGAUGACUUUAAAACACCUUCCGGCGGUAUAUCGGAAGUGUCUGCAAACUUGUUCGGAGAUUCUUGGAAGAAGCACGAUUUUUGUCCCGAACCCAAAGACAUUGUUGAUCCUUGCGAACAACACCCGGAGAAGAAGUUAUGGGCCGUGGAACAAUGCGACGUUCUAAAGUCUUCUAUUUUUCAACCGUGCCACUCAGAAGUUCAAGUUGAAAGUUAUUUGCGCAACUGCAUCUUUGACACCUGUGGCUGCGACACAGGGGGCGACUGCGAAUGUCUUUGCACGGCGUUGGCAGCGUACGCUCACGAGUGCGGCACAAAAGGUAUCCCAAUAAAGUGGCGCACCCAGGAACUCUGCCCCAUGCAAUGCGACGAAAAAUGUAGCAUGUAUUCUCCUUGCGUUACAACUUGUCCGCGCGAAACCUGCGACAAUCUGAUGAUUUUGAGGGAUCAAUCUCACCUGUGUUCCCAGGACGCUUGCGUCGAGGGGUGUUCGAUCAAAUCGUGUCCGAAAGAUCAUGUGUACAAUAACGACAGUUACGCGGAGUGUGUUCUCAAAGAAAGUUGCAAAACACCUUGCAUCGAGAUCAACGGGGUUACGUAUUACGAAGGUGAUAGCGUCGGUACGGAUAAUUGUCAAACGUGUUUCUGUAGUCGUGGUAAGGUAUUGUGCAAAGGAGAACCCUGCACGACCACCGAUACUUUUGCGACGAGCAUCGCUCCACUGGAAGAGCCUCAAAGAUGCGUGGACGGAUGGACAGCUUGGAUAAAUCAAGAUGCAACGAUCAAGGGCAGAAAGAUCAAAGAUGUUGAACCUUUGCCAACAUUGUUGGAUAUGGCGAGCUUAAAGGAAUCUGCAAUCUGCGAUAGAGAUCACAUGGUCGACAUAAGAUGUAGGUCUGUGAAGCAUCGUUUAACACCGAAAGAAACUGGUUUAGACGUGGAAUGUAGUUUGGAGCGUGGACUCUACUGCCAGUCUCAGCCUGAUCUUCCUUGUAUAGAUUUCGAAAUCAGCGUACUGUGUCGGUGUUCGGCGAGUACAACCAGCAGCAUCGACGAAUCGCCAAUCGCUACGACCAAAACGGUGGACGAAGAGUGCAGCGUGCAACAUCCUCAUCGGCCUCAUCCCACGGACUGUCGUCUUUUUUAUCGAUGCAAGCCAGGCAUCGAUGGAAACGAGCUCGUGGAAGUAUCGUGUGGCCAGCACAUGUUCUACAAUUCACAGUUUCAAAUUUGUGACUGGCCAGCCAACGUUGUCGCGCAAAGACCGGAGUGCGCGCUCGUACAGGCAACCGUGACCCCGUCGACCGGCAAAAUCGAGUGGACGACGCUCGAGAAAACGACAAACUCUAAAACCAUAAUAUCAACGACUUUCGAGGAAAACGUUCUAACUACAAAGGCUUGCAAGGAAGGCGAAACGUGGAACGAGUGCGCUAUCGAAUGCGACAAAGUAUGCGGCUACUAUCGUUACCUGUUAUCCAAGAAAGGCCAUUGCAGCGCCGGUUCCGAAUGUGUACCAGGAUGCGUCCCAGAGGGAGAAAGACCGCAAUGUCCACCGGAGAAAUUCUGGAGAGAUAUCGCGACCUGUGUCGACGAAGCCGACUGUACAUGUAAAUCGCAUCAAGGAGAACCGAUCAUUCCCGGGGCUGUGUUGAAGGAAUCGGAAUGCGAGAUCUGUCAGUGCAUCGAUAAUUUUUACACCUGCGACAAAUCGUUGUGCACCGAUAUCGUCCAGGAGACGACGACCGAGAAGCUGUUCGCACCUCCGUCUACACCCCCGUCCACGCCUCUGUACACAUCUUCGUUCCACGAAGAAUCAACAACUACGAGUCCGACGGAGCUAACGAUCGUAGUGCCCAGCACCGUUCAUCCGCCACCGAAUUGCUCCAGCAAUCGUUUCGUUCCUCUAAUUCCGUACUUGAACGAACGAGUUACCUUCGAUGCGAGCAGCGUCAGAGGUUCCAUGUUCUUGCCCGAGUAUGCAUCGUUGAGCGAUCAAGGUUCGAACAAAGGCUACUGGAAACCCGAGUACGAAUCACCGGACCAAUGGCUCGACGUCGAGUUCCAGAGGCCGGAACCCGUCUACGGCGUUAUUCUGCAAGGCAGCGAUCUGGAAGACGCAUUUGUCACCAGCUACAGGGUGCUGUUCUCGGAAAACGGGGCUGCCUUCUCUUACGUUUUGAACGACAAGCGGGAACCGAAACUAUUUCGAGGACCCGUAGAUCAAUUUAGGCCGGUCGAGCAGAAAUUCGACGAACCCGUGGAAGCAAAGGUCGUUCGGAUAAACCCGUUCACUUGGCACAAUGGAAUAGCGGUGAAAGUAGAGCUACUCGGUUGUCAAGAGUUCACGCUCGCCAGUACUCCAGGAGUAGAAAGUGUUUCCGUGACGACAACGGCGUUCACCGAGGACACUGCCGAGCCAGCGUGCGACGAGCCGAUGGGUUUGGACAACGAUUUGAUUUUCAUCGAGCAAAUUUCCGCGUCUUCCUCCGCAACGGAUUUAUUGCCGAAUCUCAAGUUGACGUCGCCGCGGGUUUGGCACCCGAAAUUAGACAACCCGUAUCAAUACGUGAUAAUUGAUUUCCUGGAGCCCCGUACCUUAACGGGAAUCGUUACCAAAGGCGGUGAGGGUACAUGGACGACCGCUUACAAAGUCUCUUACAGCAACGACGAUCGCCGCUGGAACCCGGUGCUCGAUGAAAAAGGUCUCGAAAAGAUCUACUUGGGCAACUUUGACUCCGAAACGCCAACGAAGAACUAUUUCGACAAACCGCUGCACGCGAGGCACCUGAAAGUGCAGCCGGUAAAAUGGCACGAACGUGUAGGCUUGAAAUUGGAAGUACUCGGUUGUUUCCGACCGUAUCCUUCCGUAACGAGAUCCACCACCGACAAGGCAGAAUCGACGACACCGUUCACCGAGAUCGGCAAUUGCAGCGUUUGCGAAGGGAUACCGUAUAAGAAUGAAACCGCUGGUUGCCCGUGCCCCGAACCCUCGGACUGGUGGAACGGGAAUUCCUGCGUCGCCAAACAGGAAUGUCCCUGCGUAGUGGGACACGUUUCGUACAACGUUGGCACAAAGUACAUCGACGAAGAUUGCCAAGAGUGCAUGUGCAUCUUGGGUGGAAUCGGCUUCUGUCGGCCAACGAAAUGCGAGCCUUGUCGCGAUUCCGAAAUGAGACCGGUGAUAAACGAACUGUGCAAUUGCGUGUGCAAACCUUGUCCAGCCGGUACGCGUCGUUGUCCGACCAGCGAGGUUUGUAUCGAUGAGAAUUUCUGGUGCAACGGUAUUCAAGAUUGCCCCGACGACGAGAGAGAUUGUCGAGACGCGACUUCGACGACCGUUUCUUCCGCAUCGGAGAUCGCGUCGACCACCACGUCGACCACCGCGUCGACCACCGCGGCGACCACCGCGUCGACCGCCGCGUCGACCACUGGUACGCCGGAACCAUGCCAAGAUCCAGUAUGUCCGGCCGGUUACAAGACGGUUCUACGACCAUCGAAAUCAAAGUCUUUCGAAUAUUCGAAGAAAUCUCGCAGGAAGUCUGGGAUGAAAUCUUUGUCCAGACGUCCUGGCGGAACCAAAGGAUUCAGGAAAUCGAUGCAGCGGUACUCUUGGUCGACGGCACCCGAUGCCAAAAUGGCCGGGAUAGCCGGAAUAUUCGGGAUAUCCGAGAAACCAGAAAACGAAACUCGAUGCGAACAAUUUGUCUGCAUACCCGACAAACCACUGCCGAUUAUCGACCAAGGCAAGCCGCAAACCUGUCCAGAAGCAUCUUGUCCACCGGGUUAUACGGUAGUUUACGAAAAGAUGAGCAUGUAUAAACUCGAAAAGUGCCGAAAGUAUAGUUGCAAACCUCCUGCACCCGUGGAAGCUGUUUGCAAUGUAACGGGAAGAACGUUCACCACGUUCGAUCGGUUGGAGUACAAGUACGACGUCUGCAACCACAUUCUGGCGAGGAAUAUGUACACGAACCAGUGGUAUAUUACGCUGGAAAAGCAGUGCGACUCGCGAACGGGUCGCUGCAGCCGAAAUCUGGUAGUGACUUUGGACGACGACGUGAUCGUUUUGUAUCCGGACAUGGGGGUCGAAAUCAACGAGUACAGCUUCGCCCCGAAUCAAUUGGCACGAAUCGGUGACAAAUACUCGUUGUUCAAGAUAUCCUCGAUCGGCGAUGUCACGUAUUUGGUGUCCAAUUACUAUGGGUUCUGGGUAAUUUGGGACUCGAAUUCGAACGCGAAACUGGGCGUUUCUACGAAGUUGGCUUCGCGAGUGGACGGUUUGUGCGGUUACUUCGAUGGAUAUGCGUGGAACGACAAGCAACUGCCCGAUGGAAAUCGAGCAAGAACCACGGCCGAGUUUGGCGAUAGCUGGGCGAUGGAGGGGGUGCCGGAAUGCGACCCUCAGGUAUGCCCCUACGACCUGCAGGCGCAGAGCUGGAAAAUCUGCGAUACGGUCAGAGAUACGUCGUUCGCGACCUGCUCCGACAUCUUGAAUCUGGACAAGUUUGCGUCCUACUGCAUGGAAAGCGCGUGCAAUUGUCUGCGAAGCAAUCGAACGUACGACGAUUGUCGUUGUCGCGCGUUGACCAGUUUCGUUACCGAAUGUCAGGCCGGUGAUUUGGACAUAGAUAUCUCCACUUGGAGAAGCACUCACGAUUGUCCUGCCGUCUGUGCGCCGCCGUUCGUUCACAGGGACUGCUUUAGGAACAAAUGCGAGACCAGCUGCGACAACUUGCAAGAAAUAGACCCAUGCCCGGUGAUGGAAGGAGUGUGUUUCGCCGGAUGUUUCUGUCCCGAAGGAACGGUUCGCAACGGCGACGAAUGCGUGCCUGCGUCGCAAUGCAAAGAUUGUACCUGCGAGUGGCUCGGAAAUUCAAGGUUUAUCAGCUUCGAUAGAAGGAACGUCCAGUUCGACGGUAAUUGCACGUACGUUCUGUCGAGGGACGUUAUCGAUAAUAGAAAGGGAAAGGAAGAUCACGCGUACCAAGUGUUGGUCUCGAACGGAGCUUGCAAUACCGAUAACAAUACCGAUACCAACAGCAAUACCGAUAGCUGCGUAGAAGCGCUCACGCUGCUUUACAAAGAGCACAUUGUUCGCGUGGCGAACGAUGCGAUUUCUCGGCAGUUGGAAGCGACGGUGGAUGGUACAAAGGUGGCCUCGUAUCCGUUCAACGCAUCCUGGUCGAUUCUUGAACGAACACCCUCGGAGAAGCUGCGUUUACUGAUACCUUCGCUGCAACUGGAAGUGACCGCCUAUAUGACCAACUUUGCCUUCACCCUGACGCUUCCCUCGCACAUCUUCGGAGGAGCGACGGAGGGUCUUUGCGGCAACUGCAACGACGAUUCCGAGGACGACUCGAGAAAACAAGACGGAGAGAUCGCCAACGACGCGGAGGACUUUGGUAACAGCUGGUCGGUCAAAGAAUCGCCGCGCGGCACCGAUUUCGACACGGAUUCGUGCGCCUCGCGUAAUCGGAGCAAAUGCGUCUUGCCGCCGGCCGAUCAAGAUCCGUGCAGAAAUUUAUUGAAUCUCGUAGACUUUGGACAAUGUCAUAACUUUGUCGAUCCGAUACCGUAUUUGAUGGCUUGUCGAGACAGUUUGUGCACCGGGGGCGAGUUCUGCGACAGCUUCGAGGCGUACGCGAGAAAAUGUCGGCAGAUGCAGGUGUGCCCGACUUGGAGAAGCAGCGAGAUAUGCCCGUACGAUUGUCCACCGAAUCUCGAGUAUCGAGCGUGCGAAACGGGUUGCACGGAGACGUGCGACACCGUCAACGAGAUAUCAAACGACGACAACGGCCGCGGUGGGUGCGCGAACAACGUCGAGGAGGGCUGCUUCUGUCCCGGCGAUUUCGUUCUUCGCAACGACACUUGCGUUCCAAGGGACAAAUGUCUCGUUUGUGACGAGGAAGGUCACGCGAUGGGCGACCAGUGGUCUCCGGACGUCUGCACCAGAUGCGUCUGCGACCGAAACGUUGUCAACUGUCGUAGAACCGAAUGCCCAGUCGUGGACACCAUCUGCGAAGAGAACAUGAAACCGGUUGCCGUGAAUGGAACGGAGAAAGACUGUUGCACGAAAUACGUUUGUAUCCCCGUAACGGACACCGCGACAACUACGGCGCCAUUCUGUACGGAAGAGACUCAGAUGCCGGAUUGCGGCUACGGUCAAAUACUAAAGUUAUCGACCGACGACGACGGAUGCAAGAAAUUCAUUUGCGAAUGUCUACCGCCGUCCGGGUGUCCCGAUCCGCUAUCCGAUCGGCCGACUCUCGAAGUCGAGACGAUCCUUCCUGGUUACGUGCGGGUGAUCAACGCUUCCGGAUGUUGUCCAAGAUCGAUGUCCAUCUGCGAUCCAAAGUCCUGUCCUCCGCCACCGACUUGCCCGCAAUACCAUCGGCUAAAGACCCUCGCGUCCGAGAACGCUUGUUGCGCCGAGCACAAAUGCUCACCGCCCGACGAUCUUUGCCUCUACGCCGUCGCGACGGACGAUCGAAUCGAAUUGUCGGAGCUAGUGGUGGCCAAAAAUGUAGGGGACCGAUGGAUGGAUGGAAAAUGCACUUCCUGCAUCUGCGAAUCCACGGCGGAACUACCAAAGCCCAACUGCGUCACGAUCGAAUGCGAUCGUUCGCGAGCCGCGGACCAUCCCGACGCGUUCGAUUUCGUCGUGGAAGAGGUUCUUCCGAAGGACCGAUGUUGUCCCGAUUUCGUGAGGUCCGCCUGCAGGCACCUGGAGAAGGUGUACAACGUUGGAGAGGUCUGGCAACCGAAUCCCGACGACGCCUGCGUUUCGAUCGAGUGCGUGCGAGACGAGAACGGCGUGCGAAAACAGGUCAAAGUGCAGGAAUGCGAUACCGUUUGCGACGCAGGUUUCGAAUAUCGAGCCGCCGCCGCCGCCGCCGCCGCCGCCGCCGACGACGAUGACGGGAGCGGCGUUUGUUGCGGCAGAUGCGUUCCGGUUGCUUGCGUUGUUGAGAACGAACUAAAAAACAUCGACGAGGAGUGGUAUUCGGUCGACUUUUGCACCAAGUACUCUUGCAAGACCGAUACCAAUGGAACCGUGUACGUUCGGUCGAUCGUCGAAAAAUGCCCGUUCGUCGACCCUUGGGAGGAAACGGAAUUUAGAAUAGAAAACCGAUCGAUUCCGGGCCAGUGUUGUCCACAGUUCGUCAAAACCGGCUGCCGUUACAACGGCAAAGUCUACGAACCCGGUGAACGAUGGAAAUCCGUGGUAGACGAUUGUGUCACGGAAUAUUGCGCGUUGAAUUCGAGCUUGACAAAAUACACGGAAGUGGAGGUAUGUCGGAGGAACUGCGCGAUCGGUUGGACCUACGAAGAAGGAGAAGACGGUCGAUGUUGCGGGGGAUGCAAGCAAACGCAUUGCGUGCUUGGGAACGCGUUGUACGAAGCUGGUGCCAGUUGGACGUCCUCCGAUAACUGCACUUCCUACGCCUGCACGGAUCAAGGGGGUCAACUAUCCGUGAUCACCAGCACCGUCGUUUGUCCCGACACGACCGACUGCCCUCCGGAUUCGAUUUACACUGACGAUUGUUGCAAUUUGUGCAAUUUCACGUCCCAAAAUCUCGUAGCCGACCAGUGCGUUCCCAAUGUCGUGGAUGCAGGCGCCACGCUCGAUAUGUUCACCUUUACGCAUCACAAACACGGACUCUGCAAGAACAUUUCUCCCGUUGUUGGCAUCGCGGAAUGUCGAGGAAAAUGCGAAUCCACCUCGAGCUUCGAUACAGAUUGGAAUCCGGUGGUCGAUUGCCGUUGUUGUCAACCCACGGAAUAUACGAAACGCGUAAUCGAAUUGAUGUGCGAAGACCAGAAAAUAUUCAAGAAACCGAUAGUUUAUCCCGUGUCCUGUUCUUGCUCGGAAUGCGGAACAGGUGGUUCUAGUUACAGAAACAGAAAAGGUGGAGUCAAAGGUUAAACGGUCCCCGAAAUAAUAUUAUAAGCAUUCGAAUCAAGUUUUCCGAGGAAUUGCGAAAGAUGUUGCGUACAACAUUAUUCGUUGAUUUUAUUCGACGAUGCAUAUAAAUUUACACACACACACACACACACACACACACACACACACACACACACACACACACACACACACACACACACACACAUAUAUAUUCAAGUAUAUUCGCGUGCCAUGGAUACAACGAAGGAAACCGAACAGCAACCGAUAAUAUAAUACUUACCCUCUGUUGCGGAAACAUCGUUCUUCCUCGCUUUCUUCGAUGCUGCGAACAACGCGCGUUCUAUGCGAUCGAAAAAAUACAAAUGGCUGCAACUCAACGGCUA